AUGACGAAUUUGGCAAAAUUGGAUUUUGUCGCCCUUGACAUCUCUGGCAAGAACUACCUGUCUUGGGCCCUUGAUGCCGAGAUUCAUCUGGAAGCCCAAAACCUUGGGCCUACAAUCAAGGAAGGAAACUCAACGUCCCCGCAGAAUAAAACUAAGGCUAUGAUUUUUCUACGCCACCAUCUCCAUCAGGGAUUGAAGGACGAGUACUUAACUGUCAAAGACUCACUUGAGCUAUGGACAGGUUUCGCAGAUAGGUUCGCUCACCAAAAGAUUGUUGUGCUCCCUAGAGCACGUUAUGAAUGGACGCAUUUGAGCCUUCAAGAUUACAGUUCUAUGAUAUAUUAUAAUUCCGCCAUGUUCAGGAUCACCUCCCAAAUGAAUCUUUGUGGAGAAACUGUAACUCAGGCCAUGAUGCUUGAAAAGACCUUAUCCACUUUUCAUGCCUCAUAUAUGGUCUUACAGCAGCAAUACAGAGAAAGAGGAUUCACCAAAUAUUCUAAUCUCAUCUCUUGUCUUCUGGUGGCUGAGUAA